UAUCCAGGUGAUGUGCCUCUGUGGCUGGCUGUGGCUGCUCUGCUGCCUCCAUAUCCCUGGGUAUGUCUGGGGUCAGUCUGGAGAUGGAGGGGGGGCCUGUCGACUGAUGGCUAACCCCAUCUCGGGCAGUGUUUAUCGGGCAGGAGAUGUGGUCAUUGGAGGCCUGUUCCCCGUCCAUGUGGAAGCCCCUCUACCAGAGCAGGAGUUCCGGAGUAUUGAGGGAAAUGUGACAUGUACAAUUUUCUACCAGCGUGCUUACCGCUGGCUCCAGACUAUGAUCUUUGCGGUGGAGGAGAUUAACCGCGACCCAGCCCUCCUUCCUAACCUCACCCUGGGGUUCCUGGCUGCUGACACAUGCCUGGCAGAGGGUACCACUCUGGGGGCAGCCCUAGCCAUGGUGACCGGCCAGGAGGCCUCUGUGGUGGGCACAGAGUGUGGAGCAACCCCUGAGGUGCCCGUCAUCAUCGGUGAUGCCCGCUCCUCAGCCUCCAUCGUGGUGGCACAGACCCUCGGGCCGUUUGAUUUACCCAUGGUGAGUUAUUUAGCCUCCUGUGCCUGUUUGAGUGACAACUGGAGGUACCCAUCGUUCUUCCGUACGAUACCCAGCGAUGCCUUCCAGGCUCGGGGCAUGGCCAGGCUGCUGCAUCAGCUGGGCUGGGAGUGGGUGGGGCUGGUGUCAGGGGAUGAUGACUAUGGAAAGUUUGGGGUUCAGAUGCUUCUCCAAGAUCUCCAAGGAUCUGGGGUUUGUGUCGCCUACGCAGAGGUCAUCCCCAAGGUACCAUCUCAGAGACGGAUGAAGAACAUCGUGGACACCAUCAGAGGAUCUACUGCCAGAGUGGUGGUGACAUUUGCUAUCUCUCAGGAUGCACGGGCCCUGAUGGAAGAGGUUGUCCGUCAGAACAUAACAGACAGGCAGUGGAUCGCCUCGGAAGCCUGGGUCACCUACUCUACUCUCUCUUCCCCAACAAACCUGCCCUCUCUUGCCGGGACUAUUGGAUUUGCCCUGAAGAAAGCUGUCAUUCCCAGCCUGGGGCCUUUCCUAACACGCCUCCGUCCUGAUGGGGAAUACCAGAAAUCCGACCCCUUCCUGAGGGAAUUGUGGGAGGAGAUUUUUGGGUGUUCUCUGGGGAUUGACCUCAGCAUGACCCCGUCGUCCCGGCGACAGUGUACUGGUUCAGAGGUCAUAGGUGAGGGGGAGAGCCAGUAUGCUGACGUGUCUCAGCUGAGAGCCAGCUACAAUGUGUACAAGGCUGUUUACGCCAUCGCCCACGCCAUUCAGGACAUGGUGGCCUGUCCACCAGGGGAGGGACCCUUUAAUAGUGGACAGUGCCCUGAUAUCAGGAAGCUUCAGCCCAGCCAGAUUGCUCAUUAUCUGAGGAGAGUGAACUUCAGUACUCCUGUGGGGGAUUUGAUCCACUUCGACAUGAAUGGUAAUCCGCCUGCCUCUUAUGACAUCAUCAACUGGCAUGUGACCCACGAGGGGACAGCAGAGUUUGUCCAGGUCGGCCAUUUUCUGUCUUCAGUGGGAGUGGACGACCAGUUUCACAUCAAUAUGGAGAAGGUGGUGUGGGGAGGGGGCAGUGGAGAUGAGGUCCCUGUGUCUAUAUGCAGUGCUGCCUGUCCCCCUGGUACCAGACAUGCGGUACAGAAGGGGAGGCCCGUUUGCUGCUUCGACUGUCUGUCCUGCGCUGAGGGAGAGAUCAGCAACACAACAGGGUCAGUUGAGUGUAUCAGAUGUCCAGAGCGGUUCUGGUCCAACCCAGAUCGUACGGCCUGCGUCCCACAGCUGGUGGACUUCCUCUCCUACAGCGACACCAUGGGCGUCAUCCUGUCCGUCAUCUCAGUUUCCGGGGCAACGCUCACAGCUGGUGCCCUGGCCACCUUCUUCUACCACCGCCAUACUCCCCUGGUGAAAGCCAACAACUCUGAGCUCAGCUUCCUGCUUCUGCUGUCACUCAAGCUCUGCUUCCUGUGUGCACUGGUUUUCAUUGGCCGGCCGAAGCCAUGGACUUGCAUGCUGAGACACACCCUGUUUGGUAUAAGCUUUGUGUUCUGCAUCUCCUGUCUGCUCAGCAGGACUGUGGUGGUGCUGGUGGCCUUCAGGGCCACUCUGCCUGGAGAGAACCUGAUGAGAUACUUCAGCCCAGCUCAGCAAAGGAUAGGCAUCUCCAUCUGCACACUCAUCCAGGUGCUGAUCUGUGUGCUGUGGCUGGCCCUAGCUCCACCCCGGCCGGCUGAGAGGGGCGGCAGAGAGGGUCGGGGGCCGAGGGUGGUCCUGGAGUGUGACGUGGGCUCUGUGGUCGGCUUCUCUCUGGUGCUGGGCUACAUCGGCUUGCUGGCCUCUCUCUGUCUCCUCUUAGCCUUCCUGGCCAGGAAACUCCCUGACAACUUCAACGAGGCCAAGUUCAUCACCUUCAGCAUGCUGAUCUUCUGUGCUGUAUGGAUCUCCUUCGUCCCUGCCUACGUCAGCUCUCCUGGGAAGUACACUGUAGCUGUGGAGAUAUUCGCCAUCCUGGCUUCCAGCUUUGGGCUGCUGUUCUGUCUGUUUGCUCCAAAGUGUUUCAUUAUCCUCCUGAGACCAGAGAGAAACACCAAGAAACACAUGAUGUCCAAAUAGAAACCACCAAGAAACACAUGAUGUCCAAUUAGAAACCACCAAGAAACACAUGAUGUCCAAUUAGAAACCACCAAGAAACACAUGAUGUCCAAUUAGAAACCACCAAGAAACACAUGAUGUCCAAUUAGAAACCACCAAGAAACACAUGAUGGUCAAGUUGGAAACAAAAAGAAACACCUCUAUUGACCACAGGAGUGUGUUGUUGUGCCUCCUCAAAGACAGUUAUUGUCAUAAAAGAUCCUCCAUCUUACAUUGAUCCUCACUCAGCUUGUCCUCUUAACACCUCUAUUAGCUCAUUGUAGUGUUUAACAGGUAUCCUGAUAGAAUCGAACGAAACGAGAGUGUUCUCUCACUGCAGGCCCACAAGCUUUCAUUCUCCUCUUCUUUCAGUGCUCAGUCAGAAAUCAAACCCCUGUCUGCUCCCUAGCCCCCUAGCCCCCUAGCCCCUAGCCCCUGGCCCCUAUCUCCUAGCCCCUUAUCCCCUGAUUUGAUUGGUUUAGGAAACAUAGCAGUAACUUCACCCAGCUCGCUGGUAGAAUAUCUCUUCUCACAGAGCCCUCUAACUGGGAGAGAGGUUCAGAGAGAGGCUGUGUCACUAGAGGCCUGGCGAGGCUAUAUAGGCUGUAGCCCUGCAGGCUAACACAGGCCAGAGUGAUGAGAGAGUCCAGAGUGAUGAGAUACCAGAGUGAUGAGAGAGACCAGAGUGAUGAGAGGGACCAGAGUGAUGAGAGGGACCAGAGUGAUGAGAGGUGCCAGAGUGAUGAGAGAGGGGCCAGAGUGAUGAGAGGGACCAGAGUGAUGAGAAAGGGGCCAGAGUGAUGAGAGAGGGGGCAGAGUGAUGAGUGAGGGACCAGAGUGAUGAGAAAGGGGCCAGAGUGAUGAGAGAGGGACCAGAGUAAUGAGAGAGGGGCCAGAGUGAUGAGAGAGGGGCCAGAGUGAUGAGAGAGGGGCCAGAGUGAUGAGAGGCCAAAGUGAAGAGAGGCCUGAGUAAUGAGAGAGAGGUCAGAGUGAUGAGAGAGAGGCCAGAGUAAUGAGAGAGAGGUCAGAGUGAUGAGAGAGAGGCCAGAGUGAUGAGAGAGGGGCCAGAGUGAUGAGAGGCCAGAGUGAUGAGAGAGGGGCCAGAGUAAUGAGAGAGAGGUCAGAGUGAUGAGAGAGAGGCCAGAGUAAUGAGAGAGGGGUCAGAGUGAUGAGAGAGAGGCCAGAGUGAUGAGAGGGAGGCCAGAGUGAUGAGAGAGAGGCCAGAGUGAUGAGAGGGAGGCCAGAGUGAUGAGAGAGAGGUCAGAGUGAUGAGAGGGGGACCAGAGUGAUAAGAGAGGCCAGAGUGAUGAGAGAGAGGCCAGAGUGAUGAGAGAGGGGCCAGAGUGAUGAGAGGCCAGAGUGAUGAGAGAGGGGCCAGAGUAAUGAGAGAGAGGUCAGAGUGAUGAGAGAGAGGCCAGAGUGAUGAGAGGGAGGCCAGAGUGAUGAGAGAGAGGCCAGAGUGAUGAGAGGGAGGCCAGAGUGAUGAGAGAGAGGUCAGAGUGAUGAGAGGGGGACCAGAGUGAUAAGAGAGGCCAGAGUGAUGAGAGAGAGAGGUCAGAGUGAUGAGAGAGGGACCAGAGUGAUGAGAGAGAGUCCAGAGUCUCAGGGCUCUCUGAGGUGACAGGCUGUCAUUGGAUCGUUAAACUUUCCUCUUUUGAAACUCUAACACACCUGUACAAUAUUAACACACCUGGAUGUCCCUGCAAAAAUAAACUAGAAUUUUUGCCCUUUUUCUACUUGGACACUGCUGCCCCGCUGCCACCCCACUCAAUAGCAAUUGAUCUGUUGCUAUUCCUGCUCAGGAAAGAUGGAAGGAUAUGGGGCCCCGCAGAGAGAAGGGGGAGGGGUGUCCUGUUAUGGAAGGAUAUUUGGCCCCGCAGAGAGAAGGGGGACGGGUGUCCUGUUAUGGAAGGAUAUGGGGCCCCGCAGAGAGAAGGGGGAGGGGUGUCCUGUUA